AUGGCGGCGGCCGCGGCCUCGCAAAACGCCCCCGGGAAAAUGGAGCCGCCCCCGGCGGCGGCCGCGGCGGCGGCGGCGGCUCCGCCAGCGCCCAACGGGGCGGCCGGCGCGGGGGGGCCGCCCCCCAAGAGCGAAGGCGAGCGCCCGGCCCCCAAUGAGAAGAAGAAGGAGAAGGGGAUGAAGAGGGGAGGGAAUCGCUUCGAGCCCUACGCCAACCCCGCCAAGCGCUACCGAGCCUUCAUCACCAACAUCCCCUUCGACGUCAAGUGGCAGUCCCUGAAGGACCUGGUCAAAGAGAAAGUUGGUGAGGUAACAUACGUGGAGCUCUUAAUGGACGCUGAAGGAAAGUCAAGGGUAAGUGUUUGAGAGUUUCUUUGUGGAUUUUCUACCUGAAAUGUUUCUGUGUGCUGGACAGGAGGCCAGGGAGGCUCAGAGUGUGGAUGUGCAGUGGCUCUAGGCCAGGAGUGCCGUGGGAUGGGAGGAGGUGGGGUGGGCUCUGCAGGCAGGAGCUG